AUGGCCGAGGGCUGGAAUGGCCAAUGUGGAGCCGUCGCAACUAUUUCCUCCCGGCCAGCGCCUCCUCGGCCUCCUCUCCGGCGUGCCAGGCCCUCCGCUCACUCCCUCCGGCGCCUAUGGCGACGCUCGCGGCGGCUGUCGACUCUCGUGGCCGAGGCAGGCGAUGCGGUCGAGAACCAAGGAAGGGAAGCUGCGAGCUGGGGAUUUAAACGCGCACGGACAGGCCUGUCGAACAGCCGCCGAACGAUAGGAUGCUGGGAGGGCCCAAUCAAUGUUGUGCAGUUCGAUAGGUGUCGGUGGGGGUGGCCUAUCGUCGAACUGAAGUUCGACAGGGCGCUCCAAUCCAGGUGGUGGCGAUUUCCCUCUGAGACGGGGAAUAAUAUUUCUCAAAAAAAUUCACCGCAGAACAGAAAAGGCAGCACCUUUGCUCUCUGCACGGGCGCCCCGCCGACGCAGAGUGCUCCGCCGCCGCCACUCACUCCGGCGGGCUCGUCGACCUCGUCGUUGUUCUCCGGCGACCGGUUCUUCCGUGCGGUGUUGAACCUUAUCAAGAUAAAGGGACAGAAGAAGGAAGAGGCGGCAAAUACAAAUGAGAGACCUCCUGCUAAGAAGCAAAGUCCAGGAGAAUUACGUCUCCAUAAAGAUAUCGCUGAGCUUAAUCUUCCAAAGAACACUAAGGUUACCUUUCCGAAUGGAAAGGAUGAUCUGAUGAACAUUGAGGUUACUCUUCGACCUGAUGAAGGAUACUAUGUGGGUGGAAUAUUUGUUUUCAGUUUCCAUGUACCCCAUGCUUACCCUCAUGAACCGUCCAAAGUCAGGUUUAUCACCCACCCUAAUAUUGACUUGGAGGGAAAUGUCUGCCUGAACAUUCUGCGUGAAGACUGGAAGCCUGUCUUGAAUAUCAAUACCAUCAUAUAUGGCCUGAAUCUUCUUUUCAUACAACCUAAUCAUGAGGAUCCCUUGAACCAUGAUGCUGCGGUUGUCCUCCGAGAUGACCCACAGAAGUUCCAGAGAGAUGUUCAGGCAGCGAUGUUGGGCGGCUAUGUUGGCCAGGUCUAUUUUCCAAGGUGUAAGUAAGGUGUGUUUGGUGCCGGUGCUCUGUGGCUUGCUUCUGCCCACCCUAGGCCACAUCCGUUUUAGGGCCGGUAAGUUAAUUUACCCUAGCGCGGAAAACGUAGUAAUAGAUAAAACGUAGUAAUA